CACAGGUGAAACAUUAGCUGCACUGAGAAAGCGAGACCAAACACACACACACACUGGUCAGGACAGAUGGCAGAGUCUGAGCGAACAUCUGAACCCAUCAACUUUGUGCAUCAGGAUGAAAUCUGGAAAGCACAUGUAAAGCUGGAGAAGGAUUCAGCUGAGAUCUGGCCCAGCAAGUGGGGCUUCCUGACUGAGGUCUACAAGGAGUACAAGACAGAGAAUAUGAGGCUGAAGGAAGCAGAGAGAGCGGAGCCACAACCUGUGACCCCUCCAGACAAAUACAUCCACGUUGGCCCCUCCCCCCCAAUUCCUCGGACAACUCAGGCCCUGAUUGGUUGGCGCUCGGGUCACUCACAUUUACAGCUGGAUAAGUAUGGCGUGGUGCAUCAUGGGAGGCGUAGUUUUCUGAAGGAGCUGGGCUGGCCUUUUGACGCUUGUGGCUGAUAGAGUGAUAAAGUCCCCGGCGUCCACCACCGACCUAUUGUUUCGACUAGUCAAUUAUCAAUCACAUUGCACUAUUGAAUGUGGAGAAAACAGAUGGAUUAAAAGUCAACUGCUGGAAGUCAA